UUUUCUUCCUUUCACUUUCUAUCGUUUAAGCACUCAUUGUGCUUUUCGACCUCUGUUAAAUUCGUAAUCUUUCUCUCGUCCCCUUCACACCCUUCAACUAGAAGGAAGAAGAAGAAGUGGGGGAUCUCUUAAGUUGAAAAUUUCAAUCUUGUUCCUCUGGUUUCAGCGUUUUCUUGUCGAGAAAGUUCUUAUCACAAUGCAGUUUGAAAGAGGCUCUAUGGCGAGGUGCUACAUGACGCCGCCUCCACAGCCGCCAUCGUCGUGGAAGCCGCCACAUUCACAGUCCCCCAGUGUGCCGUUUUCAGAGAGAAAAAAAUCGCCAAAUUCUGCGAAUAAAAUUGAUCUUUUUCAUAUAAUUCACAAGGUUCCUGCUGGGGACUCACCUUAUGUUAAAGCCAAGCAAGUUCAGUUAGUGGAUAAGGAUCCGGGAAGAGCAAUUUCCUUGUUUUGGGCUGCCAUCAAUGCCCGAGAUCGUGUUGAAAGCGCCUUGAAGGAUAUGGCCUUGGUUAUGAAGCAAUUGAAUAGGUCAGAUGAGGCAAUUGAAGCUAUUCGAUCUUUCCGUCAUCUUUGUCCGUCAGAUUCUCGGGAUUCUCUGGACAACAUUUUGGUUGAGCUGUAUAAGAGGUCCGGAAGGAUCGAUGAAGAGAUCGCCAUGCUUCAUCACAAGUUGAAGCAAAUUGAAGAUGGCUUGACCUUUGUGGGAAGGACUACAAAACAAGCAAGAUCUCAAGGAAAGAAGAUUCAAAUAACUGCCGAGCAAGAGAUAUCGAGGAUAUUGGGAAAUUUGGCCUGGGCAUACUUGCAAAAAGGAGACUAUAAAGCAGCUGAAGAACAUUAUAGAAAAGCAUUGUCUUUUGAGGUUGAUAGGAACAAACAGUGCAAUCUGGCUAUAUGUUUAAUUCAUAUGAACAAGAUCAAAGAAGCAAAGUUUCUACUCCAGGCAGUUCGCACUGCUACAAAAAAUAGAAAGAUGGAUGAUUCCUUUGCCAAAUCAUUCGAACGAGCUUCUCAGAUGCUAAUUGAGAUAGAGACAUCAUCAUCAUCACAGAAUGCAGCAUUUUCAAUGACGACUAUGUCGCAGUGCUCUCCACAAAGCUUUGAGAACUCGAUUAGAAAGAGCUCUGAUAGAGUUCAGAGUGGGUCAGAAAGCCGGUCUGAGACCUCUGAGGGGGAUGUACCUCAUGCUAGGAGGAGAUUGUACCAGUCCCCUGAUCCUAGUAGAAGAGAUCUUAGUGUUCCUUGCACAAAACCAAAAAGAUGUUCAUGGGGAUUCAAUACUGGAUAUCGAAGGGAAGCUUGGGGUGAUGUCAAUUCAGAUUAUAAACCUUCAUUUGGGACUCCUCCUAAUGAUAAGCAUGCCACAAGGAUGCUAAACUCAAGAGAAAAUGGUUUGUCUUCUCCUGCCAAUGGGAAGUGGAGGGCAAUGACAUUGGAAGACCAGGCUAUACUAAAGCAUGAAGCUACAACAGCAACAAGUUCUGAUUCGUUGCAUGCUUUGAAUACGGAAGUAGCUAUGGAGUUUACUGAGAAGGAGAAAUCUGCUGCAGAUGACAGUAGCUAUAGAUCAAUACUGUCAGAAUCACAUGUCACAGUUGUGAAUGGUGCCAAUGAGUUUGCUUCAGGAAAAAGAAAACCUGAGAAGAAAAGUUGGGCUGACAUAGUAGAAGAAGAACAAAAUGAAGAAUAUGACUUCUUGAGUGGUUUCACAAAUUUUGAUGAUAAGAAUGGUGCAGAAGUUUUUAAUGAUGAAAAUGAAGACUCCAACAUAAUCUAUCCUAGUUCUUGGCUACAGAACCUGCCUGAAUGGUCAAACAAAAAGCUUGAAUCAUCGGAUAAGAAAGAUGACUAUGCAUCUGAGAGUACCAUUCUGUCAAGGAAUCCGACUGCAAGGCGUUCUUUGUGUUUCAACCCGGAACUGAUUGGGGAGAAGAAGCUAACUAGGAGAAGCAGGUUACAGGUAUUUCAGGAUAUUACUCUUCUCCCUGAAACCCCAAGAUUUGCCUAAGAUUUAUUUGCCUCUACACAAGUGUCCUAAUGGAUGGAGAAAGGAACAUUGCUAGGACUUCUUGGCUUAAUUACAGGAUCUUAUGGAUGGAGAAGGAUCACAUUGUUAAGACUUUUACUGGCUUAAUUACAGGAUCAUGGAUCUCAUUUACUGAAGGAAUUCUAUUAAUAUAGCUUAUUCUUUCAUUCAUACUCAUGUUUUUUCUUUUUUUUUGUAACAAGUUCUGUAAAUCCGUGUUCAUUUGCCCCAUUACUGUAAAAUAGUUCCCUCAGUUGUACUGAAACUGGAAGAGUGCCUAUUUCUGGUACACUCACAGAUUGUGCUUCAAUUUUCUAGUUUCAUUACUGAUAUUAUGUACUUCUUCUACAAUCAAUGAGAAAAAUUAUGCUUCUGUUUGUUGCUAUUAA